UACACGACAUACACUCGGCAGGCAAACUUGGCCGUACGGAAAGAGAGCCUAGCUUGUUUCCGGUGAAUUCUGUGAACUUUGGCCUUGGGCUUCACAGAUAGGUCACACCCUCCUUGAAAUGCUGAGAGCACUGUACGCAGCCUCAGAUCGGGAGAGAAGGAGCUGUCAAACGGGUCAGAGCAGAAUAAACAGAGAGCAACAGCAUAAACGGAGAGCGGCGCCAUUAAGAAGAGUGGCCUCAUGGGGUGAAGAGAAAGGGGCGCAGACACUGUCCAAGGCUCAUUGUAGACACAUUUGGGGAAAUGAAGAAACAAACAGAAUAUUCAAGCAAAAUGCAGAUGGCCACAGGAAACUGUGUCUACUGAAGUUUUGGUGUCGACAUUAAGGAGCACCUCCAGCAGGCACUGCUGCUCCAUGGGAAAGAAGAAGUCCUCUUGGGGCUGUUUUCGGCUGUGCAGGAGAAGAGCCUGGCAGGAUGGAGAGCUCCCACCUUCGGUUACUGCUGCAGACCAGAAGCCCUGUGGAUCUCCUUCUUCCUCAGAUGGAGAAACCACUCCAUCCAGGAGGGGUCAUACAUCCGCCAACCCGAGGAACUGGGCUGAAUGUCAGGCUCGGCAGGACUCAGGUCUUAGCCUUGCGACACAGGAAUUCUGCUCAGUGCAGUUUGCCAGCCCAGCCUCAGCAACAGGACCUCAGGCCUCCAUCUCUGCCCACAGCAGCAGCACUGUGGUGGCUCCAGUGGUCAGUAACUCCAGCAUUGGCACCUUGAACAUCACUGCCACAGUAAUGGGGGAUGGGAGCUCGCAUUCCAGGACCACAGGUAUUUCUGUGAAAGAAGCCCAAAGCAAAAUCAAGUCUAGCCUGGAGAAGAGGUAUGCAAGUAUUUUUGAAGGAAUACCUAAGAGAGGGAAACCAUCCUGCCUGAUUGACAUCUACACUGACCUUUAUAUAACGAAGGGUGAGAGUGAGCAGGUCAACAGUGAGCACGAGGUGUGGCACGCUCAGGCUGCUGCUAAAAGACUAGAAACAGAAGAACUCACAGUCAAGUGCAAUGACAUUUUUAAAUCUUUAAUUGCAGACAAAGGAUGUGUGCUAACAAAAGGAAUUGCUGGCAUUGGCAAAACAGUUUCAGUACAAAAGUUCAUCAUUGACUGGGUUGAUGGAAUAGCGAAUACAGAUAUCACGUUCAUUUUUCCUCUUCCAUUCCGUGAGCUGAAUCUUGUAAAGCACAUGAAAUUCAAUCUUUUAGAGCUUAUUUACCACUUCUUCCCCAGAAUGGCAGACAUCGAAACAAUUGACCUUGAAGAGCACAGAGUUUUGUUUAUCUUUGAUGGUCUGGAUGAGUGUCAACUGUCUUUAAAUUUUUACCAAGACAGCAGUAAAAAUAUGGGGAGUAUACUGCGAAAUGUAAAAGAGUCAGCCUCACUGGAUGUUCUUCUAGUUAAUUUAAUUAAUGGAAACCUGCUUCCCUCUGCUCUCCUCUGGAUAACGUCUCGGCCAGCAGCAGUCACUCAAAUACCGAAUGAAUGUGUGGACUUGGUGACAGAGAUACGAGGGUUCAACGACACACAGAAGGUUGAGUACUUCAGUAAGAGGUUCAGACACGACAAGGACCUGGCAUCCACAAUAAUCAAGCAUAUCAAGUUAUCUAGGAGUCUCUACAUUAUGUGCCACAUACCAGUCUUCUGCUGGAUUUCAGCAACUGUCCUUGAGAAAAUAGGGCACAGCGAAGACAAACCCAAAACACUGACUCAAAUGUACACAUACUUUCUGCUGUAUCAGACAAACCAAAAGAAUCAAAAGUAUGGGCAAAAUGAGACAAGCCUAAAGAAAAUGUUGGCAUCGGAAAUAGAAAUGAUUCUGAAGUUUGGGGAGGUUGCCUUUCAUCAUCUCAACAAGAGUAAUCUUGUGUUUUAUGAGGCAGACUUAGAACAAUGCAGAAUUAAUAUUAAGGACUCCAUGUAUUCUGGUAUGUUAACAGAGAUCAUUAAAGAGGAGUUUGGAUUCCAUGAAAACAAGAUCUACUGUUUUGUACAUCUGAGCAUACAAGAAUACCUAGCUGCUUUAUUUGUACAUGAAAGAUACAUACACAAACACGAGAAUCCUUUUAAGACGCCUGUGUCAACGAGGCACGAACUGUACGACUUACAUAAGAGUGCUGUGGAUGUGUCCUUAGAGAGUAAGACAGGUCAGUGGGAUCUGUUCCUCCGGUUUCUCCUGGGAGUUGCGCUGGAAUCCAAUCAGACGCUUCUGUCUGGUCUGCUGGGAGAGCCGGGAUGCAGCCCACCGAAGCUUGAGAACACUAUUAAAUACAUCAAGCAGCAGAUCAGAACGAGCCCCUCUCCAGAGAGGGCCAUCAACCUCUUUCACUGUCUACAUGAGAUGAAUGACGACUCCCUGGUGAAGGAAAUCCAAACCUAUCUAGGUUCAGGAACACCCUUGGAUACUGAACUAUCUCCAGACCAGUGCUCGGCCCUGGCCUAUGCACUGAUGAUGUCCGAGGAGGUGUUGGAAGAGUUCAACCUGAAAAUCUACAACACAACCCCGGCAGGACGGCGGAGGGUGCUGCCCAUCCUCAGGUUCUGCCGCAGAGCUCGCGUGAACCACUGCAAUCUGACCAAGUUCCUGCUGGAACCAGUGCUUGUGGCACUGCAGGCUCCCAGCACACUGCUCACUGAGUUAGACCUUGGGUACAACAAGCUGGGAGAUGUGGGAGUGGAGGUCCUCUGUGCCUCCCUGAAGAGCUCAGCUGGCAUUCUGCAGGUUCUGCGACUGAAUGACUGUAACCUGACUGGGAAGUGCUGUGAAGACCUGGCCCUCCUCCUGCUGUGGCAACACUCAAGCCUCAAGGAUCUGGAGCUUAGGGGCAACGACCUGGGAGACUCAGGUGUGAAGCACCUCUGCCAGGCCUUGAAGAACCCCAUCUGCAGAUUGCAGCGACUUGGGCUUUCAGGUUGUCAAGUCACAGAGGAAGGCUGUGCUUCUCUGGCUUCAGCUGUGCAUUCAAACAUCUCACAUCUGAAGGAGCUGGAUGUGAGCUAUAACCAUCCAGGGGACUCAGGCAUAAAACUCCUCUCAGCACUUCUUGCACAAAAAGACUUCAGUUUGGAGAACCUGCAUCUGGAGCAUAGCGGCCAGUGCAGAAACCGACCAGGAGUCGAAAAAUAUGCCUGUCAGCUCUCUCUGGACCCCAACACAGUGAACAAUCUCCUGGAGCUGUCUGAGGACUGCAGAACAGUGACGUACAGAGGGAAGCAUCAGUACCCUGAGCAUCCAGAACGCUUUGACUGGGCACAGGUGCUCUGCAGGGAGGCGCUGUCGAGGCGCUGCUACUGGGAGGUGGAGUGGGAAGGUGGGGACAUUGAUGUAGCUGUGGCCUACAAAAAAAUGGCCAGGAAGCUCAAGACUGGGAAGUGGGAUGCAUGUGGCUUUGGGUUUAAUGAGCACUCGUGGUCUCUACAUUUUUCUGGAGAUGGGUACUCAGUCUUUCACAACAGUAAAUCAACAUCUGUGCGUGCGCGUUCGGCCGGCUCCCGUAGGAUUGGGGUGUAUCUGGACUGGGCCGAGGGAGUCCUGGCUUUCUACCGGAUCAGCAAGCGCACUGUUCUUCUGCACCAGGUCCUUGCCAUAUUCACAGAGCCUUUGUAUGCUGGAUUCAGUGUUUCUCAGGAUUACUCACUGUCCAUCUCCAGCCUUGACUGACAUCCUAGUAGUGAAGAACUGGCUUCCCAUCCAGGGUGUACCCCACUCAGCGAUUUUGGGAUAGCCUAUAGACCACUGUGACCUUGAUCAGGACAAGCAGCUAUUAAAAAUGGAUGGAAUAUAUGUUAUGUAUAAUUUUCUCCUUUGAG